AUGCCGCCGCGCCGCCGCCCAUCCUCCGGCUACCACGGCGUCCGCGCGCGGCCGAGCGGCCGAUUUGACGCGGAGAUCCGCUCCGGCAAGGAGCGGAUUCAUCUCGGGACAUUCGACACGGCGCACGAGGCGGCGCGCGCCUACGACGCCGUCGCGUGGCGGCUCAGCUGCUCCCGGCGGUCGUUAAACUUCCACGACGUCUACACCCGCGAGCAGGCGGAGAUGCUCGCACCGCCAUCGCCCGUCAUCACGCAGGAGCAGGCGCGCCGGCGACGCGAGCUGGAGCAGCGUCUCCUCAUCGCGGAGCGCGAUGAGGUGAUGCGUGUCGAGUGGGCGCGGCAGUUCCCCGAAGACCUCGCCGCGACGGAGGCGAAGAAGAAGGCGAGCCGCGAGAAGCGCCGCGCCGAGUCCGCCGCGAGGAAGGUGGCGAGGGCCGAGAAGGCGGCGAGGAAGGCGGAGGAGAAGAAGACCGACGCAGGGCCGUCGACAAUCGUUGUGUCCUCCUCCUCCUCCUUCGAGUGGACGUCGACGCCGGUGUCGGAGACGACUCCGAGCACCCACUCGUCGGACUUCGAUUGGGACUCCGAGUAG